CCGAUUCAGCUAGCUGUCUCUCCCACUCUCUUUCUCCGAUUUCGACUUCAUUUCUGAGAACUCUGUAGAUCUCAAGUGGCUUAAUUUAUUCAGAGUAGCUCUGUGGAUAAAGGAGAUCUUGGCUUCUCCAGUGAUUCUCGAAAGCCUCACCAUUUCUCCCGUUAAAAGCGCAGGAACAUUGAUAGCAACUUGUCUUAGAAUCCACAAUGUUCACCGAAGGACUGGAUGCCCAAGCCCUUCGAUGGGUUAAGGAAGAGCAUGCAGAAAUUUCAAAUGUUCAGCAAAGGACACAUGCCAGCCAAGACUUCAAAACAAGCACCUUCCGACUCGAUAUUCCUCCUCCAGAAAAAUUCAAAAGUGGGCAUCUUCCGACUGGAUCCAUUCCAAUUUCUUAUGCUGUACCACUGGAAGAAGACAGUGAUUUUGAUUCUGAUAUGGACGAGUCUUCCGAUACUGAGGAAAUCUAUGCUGGUCGACACUCUACAGAAUCUUCUUCUUCUUUGCCUCAUGAGGACAUCUCGAAGCAGAGGGUUCCCAAUGGAGUUUCGAGUGGUCACUGCAGAUAUGCGAACUCAGUUGUUCAACAACAUUGUUCCUCAAGUGAUGGAUACUCAGGUUAUAGUUCAUCACGAGAUACUGCACAGCAGAGGACAGUUCAGGCGAGAAAACUGGUUGAUAUGAAUAGGUAUGCUGAAGAGGAGGAAAUGUGGUCGGAUUCUGGUGAAAGCUUUGGGUUCAAUGGGCAGGUGGAGAGGAAGAAUGCUAGUAUCGAAUUUUCAUUACAAGGGGCGAGCAGAGAAGAUGGAAACUCUGAUGCUGCAAAGAGUGCGUCUUUGGGAGGGAAUUGCGCCUUCCAGGGAUCUCAUUCUAGCGGUAACUGCAAGGACGGGGAUUCUAAUUCUGAGAAGGGUAAACACCUCAACAUCCCAAGUGCACCUCCAUUUGAUGGCUACGGGAAGGAAACUGACCAUGCUGCUGUGGAAGUGCCAUCAAUUAAUACUUGUUUACCUCCUAUCUCAAGUAGUUGGGAUGGUUCGUUUAUAAAGGAAGAAAUUUUGAAUGCCCAUUAUGAAAACCAGAUCACUGACAAGCAGUCUAGGAGCUCUUCAAGUGGUUUACAGCAAGCUGUAAAGUCUGGCUCAUUACGUACUCGACUUCCUAAGUUUCACGCCAGUGGACAAGGGCCCUGGCAUUGUGUGCUGGCAUAUGAUGCAUGCGUUCGAUUAUGUCUUCAUUCCUGGGCUAGAGGUUGCAUGCAAGCACCCUCUUUUUUGGAAAAUGAAUGUGCUCUGCUGCGAAAAGCAUUUGGCUUGCAGCAAAUCCUACUGCAGUCAGAAACGGAGCUUCUAGGACAACAGUCUUCUGGUUCGUCCUCUGAAGGAAUCAUGCCAAAGCCCAAAAAAAUCAUAGGAAAAAUUAAGAUUCAAGUCCACAAAGUCAGAAUGUCUCCAGAGAUGCCUUCAGGCUGCAGUAUUUCAGCAAUGAAUUUAUCUACAGCGAACAUACGAUCUCUUCAAAGUUCAAUAUCUAGCCUGCAUACAUUGCUUGCCGCAGAAUGGAAAUCGCUUCGUAAUUUGCGCUUUUUACUGUGUCUGCCUUCUAAUAGCUCUUUAGCAGCACAGAGUUUAGCUUGUGUAAAUGCUAGUACUCUGUAUGCAAAGAAAGGUUCAGCUCUCUUUAAAGUUGGUGUUACCAGCAUGCAAACACCUUCAUACACUUGCCGGUUGAAGUUAAAAAGUAGAAUUAAAGAGGAAGCAGUCCAAUUGGAUCCUGGAUCAGGCGAAGCUCAUGCUUUCUUCCCUGAUAGCAUUGGAGAUGAUCUAUAUGUUGAAGUGUAUGACUCCAAGGGGAAGUCAUGUGGAAGAGCUGUAGUUCAAGUGGCCAGUAUUUCUGAUGUUAAUGAAAAGACUCGCUGGUUGCCUAUUUAUGUUGAACCUGAACAUCUAUUAGUGGGUCGAAUGCAAGUAUACUUGAGCUACAAAUCAAGCCCAGAUGAGAAUAAUGAAAAGUGUGGUUCAAUAGCAGAAACAGUAGCAUAUGAUGUUGUAAUGGAGGUUGCAAUGAAAGCUCAACAUGUUCAGCAGAGAAAUUUGACGUUGCAUGGAUCUUGGCAAUGGUUGUUGACAGAAUUUGCCACCUAUUUUGGAGUUUCAUAUGCCUACACAAAAUUAAGAUAUCUCUCCUAUGUAAUGGAUGUGGCAACCCCUACAAAAGACUGCCUAAUGCUCGUUCAUGAUUUGCUUUUACCCGUAAUUAUGAAGAGCAACAUGAAUACAUUAAGCCAUCAAGAGAAUCGCAUUCUUGGAGAAAUGAAGGAGCAAAUUGACCAGGUCCUUUCUUUGGUUUUUGAGAAUUACAAGUCAUUAGAUGAAUCCUCGUUCUCUGGACUGGUUGAAGUCUUUGGCCCUCCAAAUGGAAAUCCAGCACCAGCACUGGCAAUCUCUGUGAAGCUAUACACUCUUAUUCAUGAUAUACUAUCUCCCGAAGCUCAGUUGAUGCUGUGCAACUAUUUUCAGGUUGGUGUCAAGAAGAGAUCAAGGAGGCAUAUGUUGGAUACUGAUGAGAUUUUUGCUAAUAGCACUGAAGGAACUUUACUGGAUGUUGUUGGCAUUGCUACAACUUACCAAAAGAUGAAAAGUUUGUGCUAUGAUAUAGUCAAAGAAAUUCGUACUGAUUUUGAAAUCUACAAUCAUCAUAUUCUUCCCAGUUUUAUAGACCUUCCAAGCCUAUCAGCAUCAAUCUACAGUGUGGAGCUUUGUACAAGAUUGCGUUCAUUCCUUAAAGCUUGUCCACCUACAGGCCUUUCACAACAUGUGGCAGAUCUUGUUAUUGCUACUGCAGAUUUUCAGAAAGAUCUUGCUAGCUGGAGUAUUUCUCCUGUGAAGGGAGGUGUUGAUGCCAAAGAGUUGUUUCACUUGUACAUAAUUUUGUGGAUUCAAGAUAAGCGCCUUACAUUGCUUGAAUCUUGCAAACUAGAUAAGGUGAAAUGGUCUGGAGUUCGAACUCAGCAUUUGACCACUCCCUUCGUUGAUGAAAUUUAUGAUCGCCUGAAGGAAACCCUGAAUGAAUACGAAAUCAUCAUGCGUCGUUGGCCUGAAUAUAUUCUUGUUCUAGAAAACGCAAUCGUGGAUGUUGAGAAAGCAAUGCUUGAGACUUUGCAGAAACAGUACGCAGAUGUUCUAUCUCCAUUGAAGGAUAGUAUGGCUCCAAAAUCCUUAGGCCUUAAGUUUGUGCAUAAACUUGCUAGAGGUAAGAAGGUCUGUCCUUACAGCAUUCCUGAUGAGCUAGGAAUUCUCCUGAAUACCAUGAAAAGAUUGUUGGAUGUGUUGAGGCCAAGAAUAGAAAUGGAGCUGAAGUCUUGGGGUUCUUGCAUGCCUGAUACUGGGAAUGCAGUGGCUGGGGAACGUCUGAGUGAAGUUGCAGUAAUUGUGAGAUCAAAGUUUAGAAACUACCUCCAUGCAGUUGUGGAGAAACUUGCAGAGAAUACUCGCGCACAGAGAGCCACAAAUCUUAAGAAGAUACUUCAAGAAUCUAAAAGCAUCGUCGCAGAAAGUGAUGUUCGGAAGAGAAUGCAACCCUUGAAGGAUCACCUAACAGAUACAAUAAAUCACAUUGACAAGGUCCUUGAGGUAAAAGUUUUUGUUUCUGUGUGUCGUUGCCUUUGGGAGAGAUUGGGACAGGAUGUGCUCAAGUUCUUGGAGAAUCAUAAAGAGAACAAGUCAUUGUGUAAAGCUUCAAGAGCCACUGUAGCUGUACUUGAUGAAACUUUUGCAUCACAGAUGCAGAAGCUGCUUGGAAACAACACAUUGCAGGAGAAGGACUUGGAACCACCAAGAUCAAUAUUGGAGGUUCGAUCAAUUCUCUGCAAGGAUGUUUAUAGGGAUUCAAGCUUUAAUUACAGAGUGCGAGCUUGAUCCUAUGUCAGUGAACUUGGAAGCAAUUUUUUUUUUUUAGACAUUUUUUCUGGGA